AUGAUUCUUCCCACACUGGAGCGAUUCCGCCGCUCGGCAUCGUUGCUUCUCACCACAAGCUACACCAGUGACCACAAUGAGAGUGAAAUGGAAUUUUCCAAUUUCAAGCGAAUGAACGAGCCAAGCCUGCGCCACAGAAAGCUCGACCUGACUCUACCUCCAUUCAACCUUGGCCAGCCGCUUGUUCAUAUCCCCGAAGACUCGCCCAAUAAAUAUCUUGGACUCUGGGAUAUACGUCACCCAUCAACUGGCGAGUAA